CACAGACUGCCUGACUUUGUCAGCGCGUAACUCCGCCCUGGCUAACUUGAGCGAAGAAGGAAGAGAUGAUCCGGGCACGCUCCAUACCGAGAGCCAGUUCCCGGAGGGGAAACGCUGCUUAGGAGACCCCUCGCCUGGCCCCGGGCGCCUACCGGCGGCAUUCCCAGACGGGGAAACAAGAAGAUUGAAGAUUUUAUCUUUAUGAAUUGCUGGACUGCCCCACAAGCUGAAAACAUGUCAUUGGAGGAUAUCCAGAUGAAUUCUGCAGACCUUUUAGAAAAAGCACAACUGGAUGCAGGUGGAUUCGGAAUGGUUUCCUUAUGCUAUCACAAGAGAUAUGGGCUUGUGGUAUUAAAAACGGUGUACACCGGACCAAAGCGCACAGAAUGUAACACUUCACUUCUAGAAGAAGGCAAAAUUAUGCAAAAACUGAAUCAUAACCGUGUGGUGAAGCUACUAGGUGUCAUUCUGGAAGAUGGUAACUACUCACUCGUGAUGGAAUAUGUGCACAAAGGAAACCUGAUGAGAGUUCUAAAGGCAACCAAAAUUCCCUUGACUGUGAAAGGACGAUUCAUCUUGGAGAUCAUUGAAGGAAUGCUUUACUUAAGUGAACAGGGCUUAGUGCACAAAGACUUAAAGCCAGAAAAUAUUCUUGUAGAUGAGGACUUUCACAUCAAGAUAGCAGACCUUGGUGUAGCCUGCUUCAAAAACUGGAGCCGGCUGACUAAAGAGGAGACCAGCCGACAGAGGAAACUGAAGUGCAACUCCAAGAGCAAUGCAGGCACCCUUUUCUACAUGGCUCCGGAGCACCUGCAAUCUAUUAAUAUCACACCUGUGGAAAAAUCAGACGUUUACAGCUUUGGCAUAGUAUUAUGGGCUAUUUUUGCUAACAAAGAACCAUAUGAGAAUGCUGCAAAUGAUGAGCAUGUAUACUUCUGUGUCAUGCAAGGGAACAGGCCACUUAUAGAAGAAAUCAAUGAAAGUUGCCCAGAGAAGAUCAUUUCUUUAAUGGAACAUUCUUGGAGUCAAAACCCAGAGGAUCGGCCAUCCUUUGCAGAAAUCAAUAUGACAUACAAGCCAUUUUACCACCAACACUUUCAAAAAUAUGUGGAAGAUGAUGUGGAAAAUAUAAAAAAAGUGUACCCUGAACCAAAUGAACUUGUCAAAAGGAUGCAGUCUCUCCAAGUCGAUGCUGUGGCAGAACCGCCAAGUAGCACACGGAUAGAUCUGCCCAGUUCUCUACAUAGUUCUCAGGAUCUUGAAGCCAACACUGUGGAUGAAGCCUUGUUUGCACCUUAUCCAGAAAAUGAGCCUGUAGAGAGCUGUGAAACAUCCUUUGAGCCCCAUUCUGUGAACCUGGACAGAAAACUACAGGAGGAACUGAACUAUCACCUGUACGGCAGCCGAAUGGACAAACCAGAAGGCCCUUCUGUGGUAUACAGUGUUGAAAUGCAAGAGGCAGAAAGGAGAAGGAGGGUUUCUCAUGACCCCUUCGUAAAAGCACAUGCUACCCCACAGGUACAAGUGUCAUACUUGAAAGCUGCAAACCCCAGAACAAACAUCAGUCAUCAUAAUGUGAUCAACAGUGUUGAAGCCCAUUACAAACACCCAAGGCAACAGUCACCAGGUGGAGCACUAUCAGAAAGGGAGAAUGUGUCAUACAAUCCUGAUAAUUUGUAUGGGGUGAGACCUGUGGAUCUCACAUCUGUGAGUGCAGAGGCUAUGUAUGGAUCACAUUCAGCUAAUAUUCUUAACUUCAGUAAACGGCCUGUGCCUGAAUCUGGUAUGGAUCAUCGAUCAAAGCCUCCAACGCCACAUUACAUCCCCAAAAGCCAAAACAUGGAAACUGGUCCACUGGAGUCUGAUCCUUUUAUGAAGGCAAACUUUGCGCAGAUUUCUCCUACACACAGAAAAAGCACAGAAGAAUCUGCACAGUUCAACAUAGUUAACAGCAGUGGAAUUCAAAUAGGGCCCUACAACUAUUUGGCAAUAAAUGAUCAAAAUUUCUAUAUAGGCAAUUAUCCAGCAAAUACUCACUACACAGAUUACCAGAAGCUGUUUGAUAGUACUGCUGCCAUUUCUGAUGUACACCUGAACGUUGUCAGAGACAGCUUGGCUAAACAGUGGAAACACUGUGCCCGUAAGUUGGGUUUCAGUGACCCCGAGCUGGAUGAAAUUGACCAUGACUACGAACGGGAUGGACUCAAAGAAAAAGUUUACCAGAUGUUCCAGAGGUGGCAGAUGAAGGAAGGCAGCAAAGGGACAACUGUGGGAAAGCUAGCAAAAGCCCUUUUUGCUUGCCGGAGGAUCGACCUCCUCAAUAGCCUUUUAAAAAUAAGCCAGGAAUCUUAAAUGAGGAACAGGAGGAUUCUGCUAACUUGGAAGAAGUUUUCUACAGGAAACAUGUUUUGCUUUACAGUAUUUUUAUAGCCAUUAUAAAUAUCCUGCUGCCAGAAUAAGACUUCAAGUACCAGCAGAAAAAGGAAUGUAGAUUUUUGUUAGUCACAUUUCUCUUUUAAUAGGUGUCACAUCUUCCUGAACAAUGCUAAGAAAUGUAAAGGAUUGGAAUGUGUAUUUUUAGAAUGAAUUGACAGAGUGUGAAUGUAUUUGUAUAAUUUUAAUUAAAAAAUAUAAAUGGACGUAAGUCUACAUUGACAA